CGCUUGGAAAAAACGAACGAGCAGGGAAAAUGCGCGGGACAGGCGACAGCGCUGCCACCGGCAACGCAAACCGAGACACCGGGCUCACACUCUGUCAGGAGCAUCAGAAAUGCGCGACCGUUCUAGAACCACGUUCUUUGCCUCUUUUGUCCAUUGACACAGAGACAUCUUUUCUGUUUCCGUCCUCUGAAACAGCGCUCACAGUUCCGUGCUUCACCGGUGUAUAGACACUCCGGCGUCCGCGUCGCCGGCGGUGAGUUGCCGUGAAAGAACGUAUCUGCUCUUCAAGUUCCCCCCGGUGAACACAGCUGACACUCACCGCCGAAGAGUUUGUGUAUUAUGCAGUGGUUCAUCUCAUGCCUUCAUCUCAUGCCUGAAGUGAUGUGCUGUAGACAGCGUGGCGGGCAUCAGACCGAACGUGCGAUGCAUAAAUGCAUGUUGGAUGACUGCGUGUCAGAAAAGUGCGCCCCCUUCCCGAGAACAAACGAGUUGAGACUUGCCUAGAGUUCCUCGCAAGCUUCUCGACUCAGGUGCUUCGUCGUAACUGCAGGCAUCUCUCUAGCGUCCAGGUAUCCUUCAGAAGCGUCUCGUGCUGUCCGCGAACGUGCCCCGCGUCUCGGCCAUGCACCUGCCCCGGAAUGAGCGCGCCAGACAGCGAACCUGAGACACCCGCCGCGCCUCUCCAUAACCCAAUUGGAGCGCCUCCGCAGAAAGAGAACGGCGCCUUCCACUGUCUGCCUGCUGCGGAUGUCCCGCGCGAUCGUCGAGCUCAUGAGCCUCAAACGGUCGAACGAAGGCUCGCCUUGCGCUCUCUUGACAAAAGGCCCGCUGCACACGAGAUGGAGACAGACCAGCACUUGCGCGAGAAAGAAGCCGAGAAACCGUACGCUUUUUUCUCCGAGAAAGGAGGUCGGUCCCCUCUUCAGCUCGCGAAGGAGACGCGCGGAUCCGGAGACACACGCUGCGGCCCGGGUCUCACCGGAAGUCCGACGCAUGCGUCCACCACUGCGGCUCCUGUCUCUUGUUCUUUCAAGCAACCUGGCAUCUGCCUCGGGGCUUCGUCCGAACUCAACUCCUCACCAGCUUUCCAAAGUCGACUAAGCGACUGGACAAGACGGGAGUCGAGCUUCACCGGCGCUCCACAGAGAGAAAGGUCAAACGAAGAACCAGCUCAGUUCCCUUCCUCUUCUCCGUCUUCUUCUCUCUCCUCCUCUUCUGCUUUCUCGUCUCCCUCCGAUGUUUGCCUUCCUGACGGUGGUUCUUCGGCGUUUUCGACUUCGGGAGCGGCUGGCGCAGGCGAAUCUCGCGAUGCACCUCUUGACACCUCGUGUUCUCCUUCUCUGCUUGUCGCUCGCGCAAGAACGUCUAGACAGGAGACUCCAGAACCCGUAUCGAUGCGUUCCUUUUCCUCUGUCCCUUCUGUUUCCUCGCCUCGUUCUGGCUCUGCCCCUCCCGCGGAGGAGAAGACCACAGUCGAUCUCGGCAGCCAGUCUCGAGCCCGGCUGUGCGCACCGCUGGUUGAGAUCCUGGCCUCGGCGAAGCCGACCGAACGAGAGGCGCUCCGGAGAAGCCUGCACUCUAUCGGGCGAGAACAAGGAUUGCGGCCGGACGAGAUCGACUGCCUCUUCCUCUCCGUUCUCUUUCGAGUUCCUGCCUUUCUGCGGACAGCCGCUACCGCGAGGGCGGCUCGCGCCGCCCAGGAGCCCAACGGGCCCGAACGGCUGGCCGAGACCAGAGACGGCGACCAGAGGGAGAUCCAGCGAGCGAGGGGCGACACUGGCGCGCGUGAGAAGGCAUCGUUUGAGAGAGUGCAUUUCGAUGUGUGUGAGACGAGUGAAAGAGAGAGGAAGGAAUGCUACAGGUCAGGGAGCGAUUUCCAGGCGGAGGGAGAGUCUCACGGAAAAGCGAGGCUCUGGGGAGGCUGGCGAGGAAACACUGAGUGCGAGUCAAUCUUCUGCGCUCAAGGGAGAGCAGUUCUCUGCGCUGUGCGUACACUUCAGCACUGGGCGCUCUCGCACCCGCUCCACUGUCACGCGAGCGCUCUUCUUCCCUCUCGUUUUCCACCUCUUCGCCACACCGUCGCGUGGAUUCUGCAGGCUGCUCUGGAACUUCUUGUGAGUGAAGGCGAAGCGAACUUGAAACAGAAGGUCGAGGUAGUUGCAUGCAGAGGACUCAGAAAAGAAAACCUGCAAGAAUGGCGAGACACGGCAGCGUGCGCUCAGCGAGACGGCCGAGAUGGCCAGGGAAUCUGUAGAGACGGGAGAGGCGGCGAAGGGUCGGGAGCGUUUAUUUGCGCAGAAGAGUCCGCAAGAAGAAAGAACGCUGUCUCUGUGCAGCUGAUCCGCGACCUAGAACCGCAUAGUUCAGAUCGAAUAAACGGAGACAGCAGAGUACCCGGGAAGGGACGGCAAGUGGCUGUCGCACUUCUCCAGCGUUUGUUUCUCUGGUCCGCGAGCCCGCACCCACCCUUGCAAGCUCUCGCGGCUUCUCUCUGGAGGCAAGUUGGCCUCUCCACGCGUUUGCUCUCUAAGAUGCCGCGCGCUAGUUCUCCUCUGCUUUCUGUGCGUUCUUUAGCCGCUCGAAAGAACGGUGAGUCUGCUUUCACAGGAGGCGCCUGCGGGUCGCUGAACGGAGGAAACUCCGCGAAACGCUGGCCUAUACAGGGAAGCCGAAGCGCAAUCACUUCUGAAAUAUCCGCCACAGGCCCUUUACUGCAUCUUUCAGUUGAACAGAGACACGAGGGAGACGAAGACGAGAUGGAGGAGGGAGAGGAGAGAAGGGAGGAAGCAAGAGAGCUCCGUCGCGUUUCUCGCUUGGGCGAAGCUGCGGUUCGCCUGCUGGACUGUCUCUUUCUGCUGGCGACUCGCCCCCCCCAGUGGGGUGUCUUCGCAAGAGACAAAGAAGCCGAGAAGCAAGUCGAGACACGCGGGCAGCACGGAGACAGCAGCACGCUUCGGGUCCGGCCUGGCGGCUGCGCGUCUGGGGAGGAAGCGAGGGUCCGGCGGCGAGGAGACUCGGCGGAGCUCCACGAUGCUCGAGGACCUGAAAGGUGUGCGCUCUCGCCUCUCCUUCGCCAGUUCGCGCCCUCGCCGUCUCAGAGGCAGCUUCUGCAGUGUCUCGGAGUCGCGCUGGAGAGCGCCAGCGAGGAAACGCAAAGAGAGAUUCUCUCCUCAUGCGUGCUGCCCUACGCCGUCCACACGAUCUCCUUCUUGAAGCAGGGCGUCUCGCCUGUGAAUGCAGUCGCGAGAGGAGACGACGUAGGCGGAAGGAGGAACGAAGAUGGUAGGGAUGGAAAAGCGAUAGCUCCGGAGAGAAGUAAGAUUGACUCUGCAGCGAUACGCAAGGCGGAGAGCCCCUCCUCUGUCCUCACGCUCCUCGAGAUUCUACACAAUCUUCCUGUCUCUCUCCUAGCUCCCCCAGCCCCGAGCGAGAGAAAAACGCAAGAUUCGCACUGCCAAAGUGUUGCCGGCCUCUCUGGCUCAGAGCCUUUGGAACGGGGCUGCAUUUCGCUCUGCGACGGUCUGCAGAAGAGCGAAGAUACGGGCGAUGGCUCUUCGGGGUGUACAGACACCGUAAUGGGGUGUCUAGACAGCUUGUUGGAGGCGCUGCUGGAGAUCGCCUUUGACAGAGCGGUCACCCAGCAAAAUCGAAAGGUGGAAUCUCGGAGUGACUUCCUCAAAGAUUUGUCUGUUUCUCUUGAACGACGAGUCGAAGACGCGCUUCACGUGACACGGGAGGCAUUUCAUCGCGUUUCUGUCCCUCUCGGCUCACCGCCUCUUGCCUCGCAGUCUCUGGGUAGCCAGCAGCACUUCGCAGGUUCUCCGGAAACCUCUGCACCUUCCGACGCUUCACAAGCUUCCAGAGCGGAGCACCUAAACGGCGGCAGUGGUCGCGCGCCUCCAGCGGACGUGGCGGAGAAAGCGAGAAGUUUGCUGACCCCGGACCGCAUGUGCGAGGCUCUCCGAGGUGUGCAUACGCCCGAAGUCGAUGAGGAGCGGAUGGCCGUGGAACUCGUCUGCCGCCUCUGCACCUCCGUACUUUCCUGGAGGGACAGCCUGGCGGCCGCGCGCGUCCUGGCAAGCCACUCAGUCGAGCUUUCCUCCUUUCUGGAGCACUACCUCUGCACCCCGCAGCGCGGUCUUGGCUUCCUGUCAUGGGGCUUUCGGAGAUCUGCAAAGGGUCGAAGCGGCAGAGCCGAGCCCAGAGGCACCACGACCUCUCUCCUGUUCGCCGCCGCCCUCGCUGUCUGCUGCUGCACCUCGGUGGAUGCAGAGAGGAGACAGGUAGGGCAGACACCCGCGCUCGAGGGAGACGAAGCCGGGAAUGGAGCCCAAGGCGCCCGAAAAGAACACCGAGAAGGAGACAGAGACGACAGGCACAUUGAGAGACUGUGGUGGGUCGUCGAGGCCGGCUUGGGUCCGAUGCUUCAGAGACACCCGGAUUUUCUUCUUCGCGUCUUGAUGAACGCGAUCGUGUUCGUCGGUGUACACGGCGGGGACUCCUGUGGUCUGCUCUCAAGGCUGCUGGGCGCUUCAGAGACCGCUGCGACGCUCCUCGAAAGCUGCUGUCCGCGCGUGCCAGUCCGUUGUCUCCGCGCAUGCAUCUCGGCUUUCCAGUUUUCCCAGCAGAGAGAGUUUUCUUCUCCGGGCGAGUCUGCAAGCUCGACCCAAGCCGCCGCGUCUGCGGAGGAAUGGAGGGCCCGUAGGGGGUCUCUGUCUCUUCCAGGGGGCGAAAGUGGGGCUGAGUCUGGCCGCGACAAGGCGAGAAGAAUUGGGAGGAAAGGCGGAGAAGAAGAGACGAGAGAGGAAAAAGUGAAGCAACCUCCGGAGUCAGAAGAAGGCAGAAAACAGCACGUUUGGAGAUGGGCGGAAGCGGCGCUCCGUCGCGGGUCCCUGGGUGUUUCGCAAGAAACAUCUGAGUCAGCGAAAGAAGAGGUAGAGAAGAAAGAAGAGGCAGAAAUGACAAGGCGUGAGAGGGGAUACGCGGGCGAGGGAAUGGAUUUCCAAGUUUCGGGACCAGACGCGAAGCGAAGAAAGACGGAAACAGAGACACGCAAGUUGGAAGUGAAGAGAGAGGCAGUGCAGAUGUACAGACACCCGAACGCCACUGGAGACUGCGAAGGCGAUGCGGGCAGCUUCGUCAGACGAGAACAGAAGGAAGAGGGAAAAGAGGACGAGAGAAGAGAGACGGAAGAGGCGGUGGCAGACCAAAACAGAGGGGAAACGAGAGGAAAGAAGACAGAACGCGCAGAGAGAGAGAAGUUCCUGCGCUCAAUCUUGCAGAGGCUCGACCUGACAGCCCGAAAGAUCGAAGAAUACCACGGAUUUGAAGCUUUGGCACUUCGGGACUGUGUUGCUUUGCUCGACGAGGAGUUGCUGGGCACGACUUAGACGAGAGACCCGCGUGGCCAGAAAGACAGAAGAAAGAAACGGCAGACGCAACUGGAGAGACGUAAAAGAAAGAGUAGUCCCAGGAGAGAAAAGAGAGGAGAUUCACUUUCAAGGGGCAGAUCGGAAUCAAAUUCCAGAGGCGCCAGUUUUCUUUCAUAUAAAGGAGACAGGGUGUGUUUCAUGAAGAGACAAAAGUUUAUUAUGCCUCGCUGUGGGCAGAGGUCGUCACGUGACAGUGCACCGAAAUUGCGAAGGUUCGUUCCAUCUGGGGGACGAGCGAAGGACGCGGUGCCGGUGGUGCGGUGUUCACUGCCAUUUCAACAACUUUCUCAAAAAAAUUGUCUUCCGAGUCAUGACGAACCGCCUUUCUCCAAUACCGCAGUUGCACACUGGGUUUUUGGAUGAACUUACUUCUAAGCUAUAUACUAAAAUAGAAUCUACCCUCCAGGUACACGAUUUAAAUACAGAGUAUGUACACAUAGAACUCCCAAUUAUGAAAUGUGUAACAGAUAGUUUGUCUAAGUGGUUAUUCUUUU